AUUCACCCCACAGCACAGGAAGUGAGGCCUACGCCAGUCCCAGCCUCAGGACUUCCUGAGCUCUGGGCAGGUCCUCUCAGUCCACACAUCAUCCAGACGGGACAGCCCAGUCCAGACCAGCCACAGGUGAGGUGGCCUGAUGGCCUAGGGCAAAGGCCCUGGGUCUAGUCUCUUCCCCAUCCACCCCAAGUCUGUCUUCUCUCAGGAGGGACUCAUUAACACAUGUGUCCUGAGCACCCCGAAAUGACAUCACAGAAGGGCAGAAAGCAGCUGAAGGGGGAAUGUGAAAGGCAGAAAGGGAGCCAUAGUUGCCAGGCAACCAGCCUAGCCCACCUUUGUUUGCUUUGGUGACAGCAAUGAAGGUCUGGUCAGGGCCCCUUGGCCAUGCUCACGCCUUUUCCUCUCAACAGUGGCUUCUUUGAGUCCGGGUGCAGCUCUGGUCACCUGGUGGCCUCUUCAGCUCAGCCCCUCACAAAGUGUAGGCCUGAAGGACCACCCUGAAUUGCCCUUGUAGGACCCAGGAUGGCUACCCAGCAGAAUCAGAUUCUCAUGGACCAACUGGCAAUCAAGAAGACAAUCUGGAAUGAUGAGUUCUGGCAGAACCCCUGGGACCAGGGAGGCCUGGCUGUGAUUAUCUUAUUCAUCGCCGCUGUCCUGCUUCUCAUCUUAUUUGCCAUCAUGUUUGAUUUACUCACUUCCACAAAAAACACCCAGUGUGAAAAGCAUGAAGAAGAGUGACCUGAAUUCCUGGGGGCUGAGACGGCAGCAGGGGGAGGCGAGCUGACCCCCCUAUUCCGGUGGUGGGUCUCUCUGUGAUUGCCUCUGGCUCAGGGGCCAAGCCCUGGUGCCUUCUUUUCCCACCAGGAAAGAAUCUAGGAAAAUACUGCAUCUGGCUUAGGGUUACUCAGACUAAUAAGAUGAGGAGGCUGGUCUGAAACCAAUUCUGGGUCCCUGACCCUAUUGUUUUUAGGGAACCCUAAAAGCACAUGGAAAGGACAGCUCCACUGGCUCUGGUGGAAGGAGCAAUGGCUAACAAGGUUCUCUAACAGGCUCACAGGCCCAGCCAGCAAUUUCACAAAUCCUUGACAGAAAAAAGACACAACCAAAUGAAGAAAAAAUUCCUUUUCAAAUCUGCUAA